CCUCAAGUUCUUCCCCUUGGUUUCAAAAAAUCUGAGGUGAACGUGUUGGGUUACCAGCCUCAGCUUGUGGCUAGACAAUUCGGCCUAUGUCAAAUCGUUCCUAUCCCUCUUUUCUCAAAAAAGGAUGCCAUUUGCAACGAAGGGUUUUGCGACAAAGAUGUCGACUCUUUUUAUGAAGCCCUCAACUAUUAUGACAAAAAGACGUCUGCUCUUCGUCUUGAACCUCUGUCUUUCGAACCAUCCUUUUAUUGCACUAAAGAAUUUGAAGUUUGGUGGUCGACCUACUACAAGUCUAUUCAGACCACCUUAGGAGUUUGUAUUGGAAAGAUGACUGAAGCUCUUCAAUCUGUGCAGAAAAAGGCUACAAAGAAAACUCGAGCCGAACCAAUACCCAAGGUUCCAUGUAAGGAAGACGAAGGUUCCGACAAUUCAACAGGCAUUCCAGUUCAACAAAAGAACGUCCCUAAGGCUCGAAAGAGAGGUUCUCAAAGCUCGACUUCGGAUGCUCGAAAGAAAAUAAGAAUUUCGUCCGAAAAGGACGACUCAGAAAGAACUUUGGUAGACCCAAUUCCUGAAGACGAGAACAUUUCUUCCAAGACUGUCGAUCCAGAUGAAGCUGCACAAGACAAUGCUAACUCUAAAGCCUCGGACAUUAACGAAGAGAAUCCACCGAUCUCUUCUGCAAAGAAACGUGCCGGGGCUGAGCCGAAUCAAGAGGAGCAACAAGCAGAAACUGACCAAGAAGAUUCUGGCUCCUCUCAAAGCGAAAGUUCGGGAGCUUCUUCUCCGACCAAAACUCAGCAAGAACAAGACAAUUCCUCGCAACCAAAGCCCCCUCCUCAAGACCUUGGUGCUUCGGCCGAAAAGUCAGAUACUGAUGAAGACCGUCAGCCUAUCCCUUCACCCAUUGCCAAAGUUUCGAAGACCCAAGAAAAAGCCCUUGAGGUUUCGAGCCCUGUUGCUGGCAAGAAGUCUCCUCAGUCCAUUCCUAUCGAAGACUUUGACGCUCUUGCUAUGGAUGACCCAGUAUUAGCCCUUGAGCAACUCAUCAGCGGUCAAGUCUCUCUUAGCACCAGUCGAAGCCAAGAAUCAUCUAUGCAAAACGAAGGCACAAGCACUCUGAACACUGCCACCACCAUGAUCAACAAGCUGCGAUCUCUUACGUUUGAGCAAGAUCUAUUCUCUGCCCUCAACUCGAAUCCUAACUUAGGCCGAGAAAUUAAGCAACUUAUCGCUGACCUUGGCAAUGAGGACCUCACUGAUCAACAAGAAAAGGGCAUUCAAGAAUUACAAGAGUUUCUUGACGAAUCACUCUCGACCCUUGACCAAGCCAAACUUGUCGGUCAAGACUUAGCCUCCAAAUUCACUGAGUGCACACAAGCAGCUGAAUCAUUCGACCAAGCUAAAACCGAAGUGGAUUCCAUCAAAUUACUCGAAGAAGCUGACUCGAUGCAACUGAAUGAAAUUUUGAAACAGAUUGCCGAACUUCAACAACAGGAAAAAUCCCUCAAAGCCAAUCUGGCCAAGUUCAAGAAACAAAAAACCGAAGUUGCUGCCAAGGCCAUUUCUCACGUGAAAGACAAGAAUCGGCUUGAAGGCGAAAUUUCUGAGCUUCAAAACAAGAAGGCGAAGGUUGACAAGCGACUUAAGAAACUCAAGGGUCGAUAUGCUCCCAUGAAAGCCACUCCACCAUUUUAGUCUUCUUAUUUCUAUUGAUCAUGUUUUUUUUUUUUUUACAUGGCGCCUGUGCCACUUUAUUUCCCUAUGUACUCUCUAAUAGCGUUUUCGCCAUAUUUAUUUUCAGCUUAUGCACUACAUUUCUAUAUCAAUCUUUAUCUCAUGAA